AUGGCAGACUCUGGCAGACUCUGGCGACAGUGGCAGGGGACAAGCAUGCGACCAGCGAGACUUGGACAGGAAAACUGCAGGCCUGCAGGCGACAAGCUGCAGCAAACUCCUUGGGACUGGACCCAGGAGCCGGACAGAGACCAGUGGACUGAAGGGUGGGAGAAGGGAAAAAACCACCAAAAAACCAACGACUACAACAACCGAGACCACCUCAACAACGAUUGA